UGAGACCACAUCUGGAGUGAGCGCGCUCCUCCGUCGCCACCAUGAAGGGCCAUAUGGGUCACAUGGACAUGAGCGGGGGGAUGAACAUGGGCCGAGGUCUCUCCAAUGAAGAAUACGCCCGCCGCUACUGGUAUGGGAUCGCUGGAUGCGUUGGUCUGCUGGCGGUCAUCCGUGUUGCGAAGAGUCUCCAGACACGGUGGCGAUUAUCGGAUUCCAAGCGAGGUAUUCAAAGCAUCCCCUCAAGACCGCAAUCAAGCUUCUCAAAAGCAUAUGCCACAACAACAGCAACAUGCCGAGAAGUCCUCUACCCUCAACCGGUCCACUUCACAGGCCGCUUCUCAAGAUUCUUCACACCACUCCCCAUCGGACGAUGGCUACUGCUCAUCAUAUACUGGAUCGUCCUCCUCUCCUUCCUCUGGCAGAACAACAUCAUUCCCAAAGACGACCCACUCUACCUCUACCGCUGGGACAAGGUCGGCUACCGAGCAGCAUGGGUUUCCGUCACGCAAGUCCCCUUCAUCUACCUCCUCUCCUGCAAAUUCAACCCCAUCUCAUUGUUGACGGGAAUCUCCUACGAGCGCUUCAACUGGCUCCAUCGCUGGGCCGCGAGAACACUCUGGCUGACGGUGAUCGUACACUGGUCGUUCUUCUAUCAUUCCUGGUCCAUCUAUGGUAUUGUCGAUAAGCAGAUCGCAUUCAUGCCGAUGAUCAAGUGGGGUUUUGGAGCGUGGGGGAUUUUAACGUGGAUGCUUCUUUCCGGGUUCGGAUUCUUUCGACAUUUGAGUUAUGAGCUGUUUGUGCUGCAGCAUAUUGCUGGUGCGGCUGCUCUUCUCUGGGUGUUGCAUACGCAUGUGCCGACGAAAGCGGCGUAUAACAUCUGGAUGGCCGUGGCAUUUUUGACCUUUGAUUGGGGUGCCAGGUUGAUUCAUGGAGUGUUGCAAAAUACUCAUAUUCUGGGCCGACUAAACAGCAAGAUUCCUGGAUACUCGACUCGACUGGAGCCUCUUCCAGGGAAUGUCGUUCGGGUGACGAUAGAAGGUGUCGACUUCACCUGGAAAACAGGCCAGCAUUGUUUCCUCAACAUGCCUCGACUUCGACCCUUCGAAUCCCACCCAUACACCAUCGCCAACGUCGCAGAACUGGGCAGCAACGGACAAAGGACCAUGACCAUGCUCAUCCAAUCUCGAGCCGGCUUCUCACGAACCCUGUGGAAGACCGCAAUAAAACACGACGGCACAGACCGACGUUUCCGCGCUUUCCUCAGCGGACCUUGGGGCUCACCUCCCAUCUUAUCACAAUACGAGACAGUCGUACUCAUCGCUUGCUCGUCCGGAGCAUCCUUCAUCAUACCUCUACUACAAGACCUCGCUCGCAACCCCGGCUGCGUCAGAAAUGUAGAACUGCACUGGAUCAUCCGCGAAGAAGAGCACUUCUCCUGGUUCAAAGACGAGCUCACCACUCUCGUCGAGAAGUCUCAUCAAACAGCCCUGAAACCACAAAUUCACAUCCACAUCACCCGCUCUUCAGACCGCAGAACCGUCUUUUCCAACGAGGUCGCAGAACCAUCGCCCUCAAAACCUGACCCCCGCGCCACGAGCACGGAGGUGGAAGAAAGCUCGUUCUCCACCCGUACUAGCACAGCCAGCGUGCCGUCGAUGGAGAAUGAAAAGUCGCCUCUCACGCCCCGUCCGGAACGAGCUGCAGCUACCGCCUCUCUGAACAUGUCCUACGGCGGCCGACCCACGCUGGACUCCAUGAUCCGUCCAGCGGUGGAGAGUGCGAUCGGCGAGACGGCGGUCAUCGUAUGUGGCAGCACGGCCAUCACGGCGCAGAGUAGGACGUACGUGGCCAACCUAUCGGAUGAACGCGCGGUGCAUAAAGGAACGGGAGCACAGGGAAUCAUGCUAUUCACCGAGACAUAUGGAUGGUGA